UGUUGGUUGCAGAUGGUAAGCUCAAUUCUAACUCACGUUAGUUGCUUUUGAACCACGGCUUUAGUAGGUCGUCUGCCACGUUAGAUUUGUAUCGUGGGUGAUCGUAAAAUAAACAUUACAAUCCUUGUUUUGUGCAUACUUCAGCGAUACGAGAGUCCACAUAGAGUUCCUUUCAAAAUAAGAUGCAGAAAAGUCUCUUAUGACGCAAGAGUAGAAACAAAAAAUUAAUAAUACAGCAGCGAUGGCGCUGUCAAACAGUUCAUUUGCGAAGACCUACCAACGGCUAUUCGUGGACUUAGCUGAUCCCAGAACAAACGAUUGGUUCCUAAUCAAGAGCCCCGUGCCAGGUCUAACGAUAUUGGGACUAUACCUAUAUUUCACAUUAAAAUGGGGACCGCGGUAUAUGGCAGACAAGAAACCGCUACAGUUACAGAAAACAUUAGUCGUGUACAACUUUAUACAAGUCCUAGUUAGCAUCUGGUUGUUUUACGAGGGCCUCGACGCGGGAUGGUUGAGGACUUACAGUUGGAAAUGUCAACCAGUUGACUUCUCUUGGUCACCAGAGGCAAUGCGGGUAGCACGAGGUGUCUACAUAUACUUCCUCGCGAAAAUGACUGAACUUCUCGACACGGUGUUCUUCGUGAUAAGGAAAAAAGAUCGACAAGUUACAUUCCUCCACUUGUACCAUCACACAGUGAUGCCGAUGAUAUCGUGGGGCGCCACUAAGUAUUACCCCGGCGGUCAUGGAACACUGAUUGGUGUGAUCAACUCAUUCGUACACAUCAUUAUGUACACUUACUACUUGUUGGCAGCCAUGGGCCCGCAGUACCAGAAGUUCUUGUUCUGGAAACGUCACAUUACUACGCUUCAAAUGCUUCAAUUCUGCAUCGCAUUCCUUCACUCGUCUCAGUUAUUAUUCUACGAUUGCGGCUACCCAAGAUGGUCUGUUGUCUUCACGCUUCCCAACUCCAUAUUCUUCUACUACCUGUUUUACGAUUUCUAUUACAAGGCGUAUGGCAAACCUGAGAGCAAAAAGAAAAUAGCCAAUGGCAACGCAGUAACGGAUUGCAAGACAAACGGUGUUACCAGUCACAAAACAAAUGGCGUCGUCGCGAACGGUACCUCAAAUGGGAAAGCAUACACAAAUAAAGACGAAUAAUCGAAUACUGUUGUAUUUGACAGAAAAUAUUAUAAAAGCAAUACGACACAAUAAUAUACAUAAUAUUGUAAAUAAUUAUUUAAGAUUUGGAGGAAAGAAAGAAUAUGAUUGUACAUUUACGAAUAGAUUAACGAUUUUAUCUCGCUCAGGAUAAAAUAAGAAAGGGAAUAGUGAAUUAACAUACAAAUAUUUUUUUUUAAGUAGGGACAGUCAUUUAAUGUUAGCGGUACUUUUAAUGUCAUAGGAUAUUUUUUAUUGGUUUUAGAUGCCAACAAUCAAAUAUUUCACAUCAACUCAACGAAUAAUAUAAGAAAACUAUUUAUUUUUAAAUAAAUACUUUUCUAUACAUUAUUCUUAAAAAGAGUUGAUGAUUCAUUAACUGUACAUAAAUUAGACUUAAUUCAGUCUUUUGCUCAAUUUUAAUUUUAUUUUCUAUCAUUACUUAUAAUGGACUUUUGGUGCUUAUAAUAUUAUGUAAAUCUAGCUUAUUCUCCCCUAAAUACUUUAUUUUUAUACUAAUAACAACAUGUUAUUCCUUGCCUUAUAUGUAACUUUUUUACUGUUUUUAUAUGAUGUGAUGUCUUCCAAAUUAUAGUUCGUAAUUGUUCACUGUUCACAAACGAUAACGUUGUUACCUUAAUGUUUAACUAAAAUUAAAGCGACGAGUUACUUUUUAUCAAAGAAGCCUUAUCGAAUAUACCAUGUAUAUAUAACAUUGUAAUAAAAAACGGAAAAUAUGUUAUAAUUAACUCAAUCAAUUUUUCCAAUGUUGUGUCGGAUCAUAGGCCGAAAUAGUUUGCUUUUAACAAAAUUGUAAUGGGACAUAUUAUACGAAGACUUAAGUAAAUUGAUAUACAAUUA